UGCAGUGACAGUUUUCGCGCUGAUCCGAUCCGCCCACCCUGCCCCUAUAAAGUGGCCGGUGGCGGCGGGCUGGAGAAUUUGGCUGCACCUUGUGUUGCAGAAUGAAGACGGAGAUCCCAGCCAGGAGCGCGGUGUGUUUCCCCCCGAUCCGCAGCCCGGGCAAACAGCAGGAGCCCAGGCGGGCACCGAAGAAGAAAGUGCAGCCGCCCAGCCCACAGCCGGCGGCAACGGCGAGCUUUUCCCACUCAUGGCCCAAGGCAGCUUUCCAGCUGGGCGGUGUGCGGCGGCCGCAGCAGCAACAACAGCAGCAGCAGCAGCAACAGCAGCAGCAGCAGCAACAGCCCCGCUUGUUGCCCUCCAGGACAGCGGGCGGUUCGUGUGCCAGCUCUCCGCCCUCCACCGCGGGGAAGAGCAGCAGCCCAGCUGGGGCCGGAGCGGGCGAGGCUGAGCAGCAGCAGCAGCAGCAGCAGCAGCGCUUCUCUCUCAGCCUGACCCCCGAGGCCGUGUUGGUCAUCCAGAAGCGCAACCUAGAGCGGCGGCUGCAGCAGCAACAGCAACAGCAGCAGCAGCAGCAGCAGCAUCGGCUCACGGCCCGGCCCAGGGGGAAAGCACCGCCUUGCUGUCCGGCCGAGACACCCCCGGCCGACGUGGGCAGCUUGCUGAAGAUCUCGCUGCUCAACGAGCAGCACAAGUACGACGACGUGGAGUACGAGGAGGACGGCGGGCCACCCGACCGCUCGGUGCUACACAAGUGCCUGGAGUGGCUGCAGGGAGUGGAGAACGCCCGCGGGCCGACGGCCAGGCAGCCUGGGCUACCCCAGCUGGCCAGCUAACUGCUGCUGCAAGACCACCUUGUCUUCAACCACAUGUACUUCCAACCACCACUGUAGGAAGGAACUGCAGAUGCUGCUUUCAGCCGGUUAAGAGAGACACAAAAUGCUGGAGUAACUCAGCGGGCCAGACAGCAUCUAUGGAGAGAAGGAAUGGGCUGAAGAUCUGGAAACAUCAUUCAUUCCUUCUCUCCAGAGAUGUUGCCUGUACCGCUGAGUUACUCCAGCAUUUUGUGUCUACCACUGUUCUGCAAACUAAACACCUGGGAUAACGUCUCGAGAGAAAUUGUUGCAUGAAUGUUUUUAAAAAAAAGCUACAUGAACAGCAAGAUAACCAAUGGUUGGAGGAAGGGUCUCGACCCGAAAGCUUGCCCAUUCCUUCUCUCCAGAAAUACUGCUUGUCCCGCUGAGUCGCUCCAGCGUUUUGUGUCUAUUUUCGGUUUAAACGUUUAAUGUAAUGUUUUCUGCGACAUCUAAACGCGCAAGUACUGCCUGAUCGAUCCCUGAUUCACAAAACCUGAAGCCACCGUUUAAAUGAAUUACACCGUGUUUCUAAUACCAAACCCAUUUCUAGAUGAGCCACUCUUUCCAGGAACUGGAAUGGGCGUGCACUGGAGAGAAAAAUCGAAAAGUGGACAAUGAGUAAAUGUUUAUUUUUGUAGCUACUAGUUGCUGGCAACAUGUAUAACUGCUCAAAUUGUUCAGUAAUUUUUCAUUUACAUGGAACAUUUUAAUUAGCCAGUACCAUUUAUUGCAUACGUUUUUUAAAUAAAAGUAAUUCCUUUGUA